GCUGCCCUUCAGCCGGUGUUGAAGUCUGUGUAAAUGACUGCGAAGCUACGCCGAGGUAAUCAGCUCAUCCCAUGCAUUCAGCAAGCAGCUCCGUUCGAUUCCUUGAAAGGUGGCCUCGAGCUGCCGUCGCAAAAAAUAGAAAGGUACCGUGCACGUCGACCACUGCGCGCCAUGCCUCCACUUUGCCUCCGACAAGCAAAACGGCGCUGCAUUCACACACCUUUCUCUCCGCGCAGGAAGCGUUGCAGGCGGCAAAGUCCUCCUUCAAGAGCGGUGCGGGUAGCGGCGGUGGUGCUGCGGGGCUGACGUUUACGUUGCCGCCGCUGUGCGUCUGGGGUGCCGCACUCCACUCCCCCUCUUAUAGCAGCGAAGACGGGCAGGGACACGCAGGUCGUCACUCUGGUUUGACAACGAGGGGCCGCUACGCGAGUAUUUGGUCUCCCAUCGAAGCGUACCUUGCCCAGCUCAGCAGCUCCAGCUUGCAAAGCACGCGCUCAGCUGCCUCCACGGCUUCGCCAGCGCGGCCGCCGGUUUGUGCGUCACUGCGACUGUUUCCAGAUCUCACUGUCGCGCAGCUGCCUACCACUUUCUUGCAAAUUCCCGGUGCAGCAGGAGGAGCGGACCUUGUUAAUGAUAAUGUGUCGCCGUCCAAAUCUCCCCGGGGACGUCGCCGACCCGCCGCACCGCAUGAACAGCCGUUGGAGGCAAUCCUUGCGAUGGAGGAGCCGUGGGGCAGCGGGGCGGAUGCACAGCAAACCUUCCGCCACGCUCUCGAAGGAUUGCGUGAGGUCGGACAGCAGCUGCUCCCACAGGUGCCCCUCAUUCUGCAGCUGCCCACGCGGCUCCUCGUGACGCAGCAGUUCCUCGGCGAUCUUGCAAGCCUACUCGUGCGGAGUGGGUGGCGCAGCGUGUCCUUCGAACUACCCUCGACGCAUCAACUCUACAGCCCUUUUCAGACAUGUUCAUCUGAUAUUCGUUGUCGAGGUGGUGGUCGCCGCAGCAGCAGCAGCCGAUCCAGUGAGCAGCGAGGGGGCAGAGGAGCCGAACGGAACGCGCAGGUGUCCUCUCCCUUGCACGAUAGCGGAGCCGUAGAUGCGGCGUGGUGUCGCCUUCCUCUUCUCUGCACUCCGUGGCCGGUGCUCUGUCGGCACCCCACCCUCGGACCGUCCCUGCGCCACCUGCGCCGACACGAUCUCGUUCCUUUCCACGUCCUCUUUUCGUGGGCCCUGACGGAGGCGAAGUUGUUUGAGGGUUUGGAGAAGUCGUUGGUGGUGGAUGUGACGGCGCCGAUGCCUGGUGCCGAACGGGCGCAGGCCACGCGGCAGAGCCCCAGCAGCGUGGGCAUCUCCGCUGAUGAGGCCCGUCAGGCCUUUUGCCGCUUCAAACCUGCAUCCACGCUGGGCGGUAGCAUCAGCGGCAUCCCGGCGAUAAAUACACACGGAGAGGAAGAGAGGGCAGAGGAGGAAGAGGCGGAAGAGGCGGAAGCGGGAAACUCCCCCACCCCCUCGUACAAUGCCCGGCAGCAUCGCGUGUUCAUGCGUGAGAAUCCGAUGACGAGUCGAGGCGUGGGCGUGGGCAUGUCGAGUGGUGUGGUGGAUGCUGUGCGCCGUCAUCAGGGCAAAGAGUCGAGUGAAGCGGACAGAGGUGGUUGGACCUCUUCUUCCUCUUCCUCCUCCAAGGCAGUUUUAACCAACGCAGAGGCGGCGUGGCGGCGCACAAAAGAGGCGGCACCCGGCCACACAACAUCGCACGUCCGGUCCCUAUCAGAAGAAGCAGCGCCACUGCUUCUCGACACCCCACCGGACCACCUGCGCGCUCUCAUUGAGAAGUCUAUCGCCAAACAGGGCACCCCCGACUCCCCGUGUGCACUCACGCCGCGCCAGCGUCUCCUGCAGAAGGUCGGCCAGUUCAUGCAGCAUACCCUUCCCCACGACGCCGCAGCAGGCACCAGUGGAGGGAGCAAUGCGCCUCCCCCAUCCACCUCAGAAAUGAGCGGAGGUGACGAAGAGCUGGAAAGGGAAGCGGCGGAGUUGGAGGAGUUGCUACGGCAGGCCAAUGAUACCGCAGCCACGAGCGCCAGUGUCGAGGACAUGAUGACGGAGAUGCAGCGGUGCAUGUACGAACACACACCACGAGACGACGUGGCCGUGUUGCCCAACGCAUCCCGUUCUUCCGACUCUACGGACACUCGGCAAGAACGCAAUUCAGGCGAAGUAGCGCCGAAAGCCGCUUCCCUGUCAGAAGACAACGCGUGGUGCUCCUGCAGUGGAUACUGGGCAUGCGUGCGUGCCAUCCUCGCGGACCUUACACACGCCUCUCUCAUUUGGACGUUACCCACCUACAACGCUGCGGCUGUACGGGCGUGGACGGGUGCCUACACCGCUGCGGUGCGGCCGACAGCGGAGAACCCAGGCGGCGUGAUCAUGGCCAUCGCAGCGCCCCUUCCCCCGGUCGUGCCCGUGUGGAUGCCUCUCCAGCCCGUCAUGCACACCGAAGUAGCGCGGCUGCUGCGUGAGGGCCACCAAUUUCCCCAGCCACCGCCGAACACGACUUCUGUCGUGGCGGAGGAAGAGGAAUGCCGCACGUGGCUGCCCAAUGAUCUUAACACGGCGCUGCGGGUUGCCUUAACACAAUUGCCUGCAGAGGUGCAGGUGCGAGAGCGACGGCGCCUGCUGCGCGACUACCGUCUCCUUCGCGACGAGGGUGCGCAAGGGGCGCGACGCGGUGGCUGCGUAAUGCAGCGCGCGGCCACCACCACCGCGGCCGGGCUCCCCGACGCCGGUGACCAUCGAUCUUCUUCCUCUUCCGUGGAUGGGGCGGAGGGGUCCGAGCACGACAGUGUGGCGGACGAUGACACACGUGGCGAAGUGCGGAUUCGCUUGCGACGAAGGGCGUACCCUUUUUACCUGUUAGCGCCGUCUCAGGUAGCGAGGAUGAGGGAGGAGGAGGAGCGACGGCGGACAACAGCUGCAACCGUGAGCACGACCGCGUCUACUUCGAACGAACGCACAAAAGCGUCCUUGGCCGAGGUGGGGAAGGUGAAUGAGGCGUAUAUGUCAAAGGUAGUGAGGUACUACCGUGGCGCUGCCGUUGAACAGCCUUCGUCGCUUUACGUGCCCACGCCAGGGCUUGACGCCUGCUCACUGCUCGGCUCGUGGCAAGCAAUCUCGUAG